GGGAGGGACAGAGGUGGGGUUGCCGUGUAUGUUCGCUCCUCUUUGUCACCCAAACAUGUGUUAUCUUCUCCUCAACCCUACUCCAACUCUCCGGAGUUUAUCUUCAUAGAGAUCACAGCUUGUGAAGACAAAAUUCUUGUAGGGAUUGUAUACCGGCCACCCAAAGCAGGUCGACUGUCACUCCUUGAGCACUCUCUGUUGCAGAUAAUGCAUAGCUAUCAACAUAUUGUCUUACUUGGUGAUUUCAACUCUAAUCUAUUGAGAGAUAGCUUCGAAAGGAGGCAACUCGUGACACUCUUUGAUUCUAUCAACUUCCACAUUGUAAAUAAUGUUGACCCGACUUACCACUUACCCAAUUCACAUACUUUACUAGAUCUAGCGGUGGUGAGUGAUAAAGAUUAUGUUUCUUCUUUUGAACAUUUCAAUGAUGAUAGAUGUCUUGAGGAUGCUAUCAACAUGCCAUGGCACACUAUAGGUUUCAUUGAUGACAUCAAUGAUAAGGUUGCAGUAUUCAAUAAUAUGAUUCACAGCAUUUUUGAUAGGCAUGCCCCUGUGCGUACUGCGCAUCCUAAGCGGAAACCAGUGCCCUGGAUGAAUGAAGAGAUACUGAUUGCCAGACGUGAGCGUGAUAAAGCCAGAAGAGUAUUUAAAAGGACCAGCAGCCAGAUAGACUUUGAGGUCUUUAAAACUGGAGAAAUCGUGUGA